AUGCAUAUGGCUAACCACAACAAUAUCACGGCCUCCCUCAAAACCAUCGGCACAAUCCCCGAACUCCUUUACGAGAUCCUCUCCUACCUAACUCCACAGGAUACAUUCUCCCUCCUUCUUACGUGUAAAUCAUUCUAUCCGGUAUGUUAUAAACAUCUUUGGACGGACUUACGACUUUAUCGAGUCCAUGCUUCGGAGGAUGGUGAACGGUGUAAAUUAGUCUGUGGUAUGAUAUUGAAAGCUAUAAAAAAUCGAGGGGUGGGGGGGAGUGGGUUGAAGUAUACUCGGGUUCUACGACUACAUCGGGGAUCUUUGGGAGGAGGUGGUGGAGGGUUUGUUAGAAGUGGGUUGUGUGCUGAGGUUAUACGGCUAUUGGAUGAUGGGGGGUUGGAGCUUGAGGGAGUUGAAUUGUCGUAUUUUAAUGAUCGUAUCGAUAACCCUAACAGACCGACACAAGAUGGAGUAACUUUCCUAAAAAAGAUCAGGGAAUACUCCCUCAAGAAAGGCCCAGAAGACUUCUCUCUCGCGGUCACGACAGUUCAUAACGCACAUGCAGUUAUGCACCUGUACACCCUUCCGUUACAGAACAUUACAACUCUCUAUUUAGAAAUGGAUUGGACGAUCACAGCCCCCAGACGACCGUACUUUGACCCUCCUAGAACAGAAAAUUUUAGAUUCUUUGAAAACCAAGGAAGUUACGGAGCUUACGAAGAUGGUGAUGGCGACGAUGAUGGCGGCAAUGCCAACCCCAUUAAUGACUAUGACUCAGGCUCAUGGAGUGAUGCGAAUGGUGGACCCAUAUCGAACGAUCAGAGUCAACUUGAUACCCAAACGGCAGAGUCCCUCGCCAAUCUUCUAAACAGAACGUCUAGUCUAAAGGUUCUUUCCAUCUCAACAGUCAAAGAGUUUUAUCGUCGACGGUAUAGAUCAUUACAUCUCAUAUACCACUUAAUAACACUCAAAGACACCAUCAAGUCCCUUCAAAGGCUCCAAAGCCUCGAAAUCCGGGGUAAAUUCUUCCACCCAUCUUUUUUUAUUACCCCACCGGAGAGUUGUAAAAAAGUUGUCUAUGAAGGUUUAUUCUCGCAUGAGUGGUUCAGAAGGUUUGCGAGGUGUGGGUUUGAGAAUGUACUGUAUCUGAGGGUUAGGUGUAGACAUAAUAGGCAGCAGACUCGACGGUGUGAAAAGGAGUUUGCACCGAAUAAAGUAUUGAUUGAGGAUGUGAGGGUUUGUGGUCUUAAGCGGUGUGAGUUGAAAGGGGUGGAGAGGAUCACUGAGGGGUUGGAGGAGGCUUUGUUAAGGCGGAAUACUGGGUUGGAGGAUUAUUCAAGGCGACGGCUUGAGAGUAUUAUUGCUAAGAGAUUGUGA